AUGUCUAAGAGAGCCAAGUUGAGCAUCUCGUUAGUGUUCGGUUUUUCAGAUGAGGACCAGAUUGGAACCAUACAGCCCCAUGAUGAUGCUCUUGUGGUAACUCUGAGAAUUGGUGGGUAUGAUGUAAAAAGGGUGAUGAUUGACCAAGACAGUGCUGCUGACAUAAUGUACCCUGAAUUGUAUAGGGGGUUAAAUUUGAAACCUGAGAACUUGACGGCCUAUAGUUCUCCUCUAGUGAGUUUUGAGGGAAAAUUAGUCGUUCCUAAAGGUCAGAUCAGAUUACCUGUACAGACUGGUACGGAUGUGGUGGAGGUGGACUUCAUUAUCGUAGAUGUUUUCUCUCCAUAUACGGCCAUUAUGGGUAGACCUUGGCUUCAUACCUUGGGGGCCGUCUCCUCUACUCUACACCAGAAGAUGAAGUACCCAUCUGGAGACCGGGUUUUGGAGAUAGUAGGAAAUCAAAUUGCUAUCCAACAAUGCUUGGUAGCGGCUAUCCAACAUCGACUUGAGGUGGAGACCUCAGCCACCGCUGAUAAUAAUUUAUAG